ACUGCAGGUCAGAUUCUACAUCCGGGUACUGUGUCUAACAUGGCGAACCGAACCGUGAAAGACGCUCACAGCGUCAAGGGGACAAAUCCGCAGUAUUUGGUGGAAAAAAUCAUCAGAUCGAGAAUCUACGAGUCUAAAUAUUGGAAGGAAGAAUGCUUUGGUCUCACAGCGGAGCUGCUUGUAGACAAGGCUAUGGAGCUGAAGUACAUCGGUGGUGUGUACGGAGGGAACAUCAAGCCCACCCCAUUCCUCUGUCUGGUGCUGAAGAUGCUGCAGAUCCAGCCUGAGAAGGACAUCAUCGUGGAGUUCAUCAAGAACGAUGAGUUCAAGUAUGUGCGCUGUCUGGGAGCGAUGUACAUGCGACUGACGGGAUCGUCUCUGGACGUGUUUAAGUACCUGGAACCUCUGCUGAACGACUACAGGAAGGUGAAGUGGAUGGACAGCAUGGGCAAGUUGAACCUGUCCCAUGUGGAUGAGUUUGUUGAUAACCUGCUGAGAGAGGAGCGCAGCUGUGACACCAUCCUGCCCAGAAUACAGGGUCGACAUGUCUUGGAAGAGUCCAACACACUUGAACCUAGGGUGAGUCUCCUGGAUGAUGACCUUGAGGAUGUGGAGUCCAGUGAUGAAGAGAUGGAUGUCAAGGAAUCCAGACGGUCUCCGUCCCCCGACUAUCACCGCGGCAGUUACCGUGACCUGGACCGACCCCGGCGCAGCCCGUCACCGCGAUACCGCCGAAGCAGAAGCCGCUCACCGCACAGAAGCAGAAGGAGCAGAUCUCCCAGGAGAAGCCCGUCUCCCCGACGGCACCGCAGCAGGAGUCCGCACAGACGCCGCUCAAGGUCACGGGACAGGAGACACAGGUCAAGAUCACCAGCAUCUCGCAGACGCCAUCGCUCCCGAUCAGCCUCUCCACACAGGUCGUCCAAGAAGCACAAAGACCACAAGGACCACAAAGAUCACAAGGAGAAGAAGAAGGACAAGAAGAGGGACAAGGACAGUCAUCGAGAUCGAGGGAAGGGGAAAGAGAUGUCACGGGAAGAGUUAGAAAUACAAGAGGCUAACGCGCUCCGUGCCAAACUGGGCAUGGCUCCACUGAGACCCUAGUGUAUUAUACUGUGAUCAUGAGUGAUAAUGUAUGUGUGUAAAGGUAAGCUUAAGAAUGGAAAUGUAGAAAACCAACCAACACUUCUGAGGCAGCAUGUCAGCAGAACGUACUGCACCUGCAUGAAACCUGUAAUGUAUUAUGCUUAACACUUCAGCAGAAUGUCUCAUACUUUUAGUUAACAUCCCGUGUAUAGUUUCCAAAUGUUGUGUUGGAAAAGAUAUCGUCUGCAACAAGUAAAAUUCUGAUGCAACGUUGA